AGUAAAUGUUAUCGGUCUCUAAGAAAAGUAUUUAAAAUUAUAAUUACCUUAUUAAACAUAUAUAUAUAUAUAUAGGCUUACAUAGGGGCUGUCGUGUAUUUAAGUGUAUAAAAAUGUGUGUUCACACGUAUAUAUAUUUAAGGGAUGUGUAAAGAUACCCGCAGGGGGGUGACUUUUAAAUAUUAAGAGUGGAAAAAUCAUUUCCCAGAUCGACAAACCCAGGGGGGGUCUAUAAAAGGUUGCAAUGAUUCGACACGUGACCAACAGAUGCUAAUGAGGACAAAAUGAACCCCCAUGCAAAACAUAUGCUGCCCUCGUGACCGCUCCAAUGACCAAUCGCGGUAAACUGUUACUUCCGUAUAUUUCUCAUGCCCCUAUCGCGGAUUCGCUUCAUAACCACCCCCAUAAUGUUGCACACGUUUUAUCGUUAUAACAACCACCCAUUAACUUCUAUUAAGGGAAUUAAAUAUUUUCCAAAAAUAACUUUUUUUUUGCUACUGGUAUAAAUAUCAAGAAUUUAAACGAAACUUAUUUUUUUUAAAUUUACAAACUGUAUUAUUUUCGCUAAUAACGUUAAUACUGUAAUUUACUCAAUGAACACUUUUAUGGAUUCAAAUGUAUCGAUUCUCCGCAGUAUUCCAAUUCUCGUGCCUCUAAACGGUUGUGUCCUUGGUUAUGGAGAAUGAACGAGGCAGAUGCCAGAAUUUUAUCGCCUGGAAAAUUUUUCACUGCUUUGAUAAGAAUACCAAUUUUAGGUGAAAAGAGAAUUUUUUUUACAGUGACAAAUUAUAAACCACCAAAGUAUUUUGCAAUUGAAUCGACAGAUAAUUUUCUUAAAUAUCGAAUAGAGAUUCGUUUGAAGAAAGAAGAAAAUCAUCUUAUUUUUGAAACAAGUAUCUUUUGUAAUAAAACCACUGCUCUAUUUCAAUACACCGUGGGAAAUAUUUUAUUUCACAUCACCAAAAAACCACUUCAACAGUCAGUUAAAAAUUUAAUUGAAUUAUAUAAGAAAAUUAAUGAAUUAGAAAUUAUUUAAUAAUUGUAUUUUUUAAAUAAAAAAUU